AUGGAGCCGGCCGAGACACAGGAGAAAUACCCUACUCCUCGCCUGUUGCCUCCUGUUGAUGCAUCGUAUCAACCGGCUAGGUCCCCCACCAAGCUUCCCGCAACGGCGCCCCUGGAAGAAAUUCUCGAGGUCCUUGAUCGAGAUGGCGGUGUUGUUUUGACCAACUUUGCCACACAGGAGACCAUGGACAAGAUCGAUGAGGAGCUUGAUCCUCAUGUGAAUGCUAUAUCUGCCAAUGAUUCCUACGAUGACUUCAUUGGAAAGAAGACGCUGGUUAUUCCCGGCUUAGUAGGAAAAUCAGAUACCAUUGCCAACAUCCUUGAUACCAACGAGACCAUAGAGCAGCUCCUCAAAGUCCUCUUGGAGGAGAGAUACCCUGCCGUUUUCGAGCAGCAUACUGAGGAGCUGGUCGUUGAUCCCUUGUUGAGUAUCUCCUUGGGUUUCUGGGUUGGACAUGGUUCCCCUCGUCAAGCACUACACAAGGACGACAUGAUAUUCUCCAGCAAGCACCCCCCUAACAUGAAAAUCACUGAAGUGGAUGGCUUCAGCUGUUUCAUUGCUGGAACCAACGUUACCCGUGAAAAUGGUGGCACUAUGGUUGUACUUGGGUCCCACAAGUGGGAACAUGAGCGACGUGGCAGACCUGAUGAGGUGUCUUUCCUCGAAAUGGAGCGAGGCUCUGCUUUCAUUUUCCUUGGGAACUUGGCUCACGGAUCUGGGUAUAAUACUACACAGGAGGUUCGCAAGAUCAUAAACCUCGUCUUCUGUCGUGGUAUUCUGCGUCAAGAGGAGAACCAGUUCUUGUGUAACCCUCGAAGCAAAGUCCUAAAGAUGAGCCCUAAGUUACAAAAGCUGCUCGGAUUCAAGAAACCAGAAAAGACUUGGUUGGGUAUGGUUGACAAUGAAGACCCUGCGAAAGAUCUUGCUGCUGUCUAUGACAAAGUAUUCUCGUAA